AUAUUUAUCCAUCAUAUGAGAAAAGCUGACGUGGGCGUGCAUUUCAGGAAUGAAGGAACUUCUUAUACGAAAAUAUUUAAAAAGUGGCUAUGUUCACAAAGAUGCACUACACCUCUUUGUUCACUCAAAAGUUCAAUAAUUUAUCAAAAGCACAAAAUCAUUAAAAACUGAUACCAGUUGAGUGUAGCAGGUUUUAAUUGCAAACAAUUGUGGAAGGCCAACAAUAACGUUUGCACUAUGAAGUGUAUAUUGAUUAAUUUCUUCUAGCAUUCAUAAAUAUCAUGAAUUUUUAAGUUGCGAUGGCAUUGCGAAAAUUAAAACAAAUUUUGCUGAUCUUUGUGGCUGUUUGGUUGGCAGCGUUGGUUUAUUAUUUUGUUGUAACACACCGCAGCAAAUCCAUCGGUUUUGAGACAAUACGAUUAGAGAGAGCGAAGCGGGUCCUGGAUAAAUCAAAGAUGACGAUAUCUGCAUUACAACACGAAGUGAAAUCCUUACGGGCGAAAAUUGUAAAUUACAAGAGAAAAUAUAAAAAGUAUAUCCACAGAUUAGUAAGUCGCUUCCUAAUUCGCAAGACACUAGGUCGGUCGGAGACAACAGCCGUAAAGACAAUAAAUUAAAGCACUUAGAUAAAACGACAAUUGAAACAAACGACGCAAAUAAAAAACAACAAUUAUCAAAUAUCAAAUAUGCACAAAAGUCAAAUGAUUUACAGCUUGAAAUUACUCGACGACGAGCGAUGAAGGAGUAUCGCGAGAUGUGGUAUUAUCUUAGCGCGGAAGUAACGAAAAUCAAUAAGCUCUUGGGUAGAAAUAUGAAACAAAGACUAACAGCGAUGUUGGAUAAAUUUGCCGAUAUUCAUCGAGCCCUUGGAAACAACUUAGACUUUAUAAACAACCACAAAACUUUGGACAUUUGGCGUAGAAAUGAACAGACUCGAAUGAGCAAAAUUGUUCAGAACCGCUUAAGGCUUUUGCAAAAUCCAUCUGAUUGCGAAAAUGCAGACAAGCUAAUUUGCAAUCUAAACAAAGAAUGCGGUUACGGCUGCCAGAUUCAUCAUUUAUUAUACUGCUUCAUUACAGCUUACGGCGCAAAACGUACUUUAAUUGUCAAAUCAAAUGGCUGGCGAUAUUCGCCAAGAGGAUGGGAGAGAGUUUUUCUACCCGUAAGCGAUACUUGCACAGAAGCUAAAGGACCAAUCUCGACUUGGUCAAUGUAUUCUGAAGAAAAGAAUGUGUACCUUCCUAUUAUAGACUCCAUCGAUCAUAAUCUGAAACAUUUACCUAUGGCUGUUCCUAGUGAUUUAGCGAAGAGCAUUCAAGCGUUCCAUGGCUUUCCCUUCGUCUGGUGGGUUGGGCAGUUUGCAAAAUACCUUUUUCGAUACCAACCAGCUGUGAAGAAGGCUAUUGAAAAUAAGAAAGCCAUGCUAGGGUUUGCAAAGCCCAUUGUAGGGAUUCACGUUCGUCGCUCCGACAAGAUAAAUAACGAAGCUGCUUUUCAUUCGCUGGAGGAAUACAUGUAUUGGGUCGAUUUGUACUUUAAGAAAAUUUCUUUAAAAGAAACUUUGAAAAAGAAAAACGUUUACCUUGCGACUGACGAUCACACAGUUUUGGCUGAAGCAAUGACAAAAUUUCCCAAGUACAAUUUUGUUAGUGAUAACGACAUCUCCAAAUCCGCUCGACUGCAACAACGAUACACCGAUACAUCGCUCCAUGGUAUCAUAUUUGAUAUUCAAAUGCUUUCGGAAUGCGAUUAUAUUGUCUGCACGUUUUCCUCCCAGGUUUGCAGAUUAGCUUACGAGAUGAUGCAGGCAAAAUCUCCAACGGACGCCUCGGAUAGUGCACAAUCACUCGAUGACGUUUAUUACUUCGGUGGUCAAUCGGUGAACGACGUACAAGCAGUCUACAAUUACACCGCUACGAAUUCUAAUGAAAUUAGCAUGACGCGCGGCGAUCGUUUGAAAAUUGCCGGCAACCAUUGGGAUGGCUACUCCAUAGCGACAUCAAGACGGAACAAGAAGAAAGGGAUGUUUCCAUCAUAUUUAGUCGAAAAUCAUCUUCAUAUUGUUAAAUUUCCUAAUUACACCGAGUUUGAUGAGAAAAUCAGGUAGUGAUUUUCUUCUGACAUCCAUUUGCAGUCCAUCCAUUUAUGAACCAGUUAGAAAGCCGAUUGAAAACCAUUUGUUGGAUGACGUCCUCUAUAAACAACCUCAAUAAGAACAACCAAAGAUAUUUGAAACAGUCGUGACAGGCAAACCACCAUGCUCAAUUUUUUUCGGUUUGGGUCAUUAGAGUUUGUCAGCGUGUUUUUUACUGGUUUAUUUAUGAGGAUGAUUAUAGUAUGGGGUGCAUGAAUAAAACUGCAACCUUAUAUUUUGCACAGUAACUCAAUUUCAUUGUCUGUAUGUAGCUUUUUAUACUCUAGGAAUUUUAAAGAACAUUCUAAUUCCGUAAAUUGAGUGAAUUACAAUAACCUGGGCGGGCAAUUAAUUUGAUUACGAAUGGGUGGACUAAGCACAUAAAAACGAGUACUUGUUGUGCCGAAUUACUGUAGUGAAACGUACACAUAGAUUUUUCGUUGACUAAAUGACAAAACUCAAUUUACCGGACAUACGAAUUGCAGCUAUUGCACAUUACAAAUUCCAACGUUAUUUGUGAACUCAUGUAUAUAUAUAUAUAUAGAUGCCGAAAUGCUUUUGAAACUGCUUUUUAACACUUCGGCAAGAGACAGGAAUGAUACAUAAUAUUUUCUUCCAUGUAAACGAUUAUGCAAUCAUUAAGCUUCGUUGAUGAUUUCACAGAUUAUAAAUUUCACAGUCCA